AGGCGUUUGAGACUCGCACCUGCGAGUUUCUUACUUUCUCAAAGCUUGAUCCAACCCUGUCCAGCGAAAUUCUCGAUAACCUUCCCUCUUGGGAGAAUCUCCGUGGCCUUGGCUUGAGGUGAGUACAAGUGCCAGGGAUAAAGAUUUCGUACACAACAGUGAUUAUUUUACGGGUUAACUUAAAUUAACUUUUGGGAUAGUUUAUCUCUAUGUCUUGUAUAUAUCCAGUGCUAGGUAGAACAUUCUAACCAUUACUAGAAUUCACUUUAUUGCCUCCGACGGGUACCUCCGUAUUGUCAUGGCGAGUCGCCUGCAUGAGGUCCCUGUAGCCUGGAUGAGAACUGAGUACGGCUACUGGAUCGGCCAUGGCCUCUUGCCCCUAAGCGUUCAUCACUUGAUAGGCGAUGUGUUAAGUUGUAUGUCCCUUUUCUCUGCCGUAUGAAGCCCCCUUUUCCAUAUUAAUAAUUGAAUAGCAUAUGAUAACUUUGUUGGUGCCUUCGCGGGAUCUAAAAAGACAGCGGACCUCAGCUGGAGCCCUCGCAUUAAUGAUGGAGAGUUGACCGAGUUUCCAACGAUCGCCCUGGAGUCCGGAUGGAGCGAGUCGCAGGCCCAGUUAGAACGUGACAGCCAAUUGUGGCUCCAAGGGUCUGCUGGGGCUGUGAAGGUCGUUCUGUUGUUUAAAUUCUUCAGGGCGAAUAUACACAACGAAAUUAAGGCCACUCUAACCGUCAGCCGGUUUGCGGACAACGCACUAGUUAUGGAUUCAUACGCAUGCUCUUCCCUUCCCUACCCUAUCUUUAUCUUUCUUACAUCCUACUAACCAACCCCAUCAUCUUGCAGGCAAUCUUCCCCCCCCCUGCUGAGCCCGAUCACGAUCCCUGUAUCACAGUGGAAGAACUUUUUGGGGGCAGAUAUCCCAUUGGCCAAAAUCCCCAGACCCUUUUUCCAUUGUCUUUGCCGCGACUUCGCCAUUUAGCUGAAAAAGAGAUCCGUAAGCAGGGGUAUAUCCCAAUGGCCAACUGAGUACACUUAAAAAAUAAAUUUAUCUCCUGCUCUUUCGCCUUGUUUUUAUCUGUUCGUUGCUUGUUGUCCCCGAGGAUAGUGCGAGUUUUAUCUCUUCUCUCGAUCCCUUUGCAUAAAAGUUCAAUUCAUAAUCUUACUCUCCUCAUUCCAGGGGCCUCGCAUGUGUAUCCAGAUCGGCUACUAUUU